AUGUUGAGCGGAGUGAAUGCUAUAUUUGGCAAGGUUUCUGGUUGGUGGUAUGAUACUUGUGCUACCAUCCAUGCUUGCUAUGAUAAAACACUCUUUAAGACUUACAAAGAAGUCACAAAAAGGCAAGAGAUUCAAAUGGGAAAUGAAGUUCGUUCUAAGCCGACCUGCACCAGCAGCAGCGACUUCUGGGGCCGGUCUCGGCUCCUCGGCCACGUGCGCGGCUCGGCCCCGCGCGCCUCGCCUGCCUCGGCCCCACGCGCGCGGCCAGCCCGCGCGUCCCGGCUCUUCGGCCCCCACGCGCGCGGCUCGGCCCCCGCGCGCCUCCGCCCGCGUCGGCCCCUCGGUCCCACGCGCGCGGCCCGCUGGUUGCCGGUCUCCGCAAGGGGACACGGCCACUCGGUCAAGGGCCAGACGCUCUCGCCGGACGGCGUCGUGGUCCAGAUGAGUCGCGGCCGGAUCGCGCCCCGCUCGGAGCCGACGUGCUCGCCGUCCACGGGCGAGCACUAUGUCGACGCCUCGGGGGGUGAUCUCCAGGUCGAUGUGUUGAACUGGACGCUAGCCAACGACGGCCUCGCGCCCAAGUCGUGGACCGACUACCUCUACUUGUCGGUCGGCAGCACUCUCUCCAACGCCGGCGUAAGCGGGCAAGCCUUUCACCACGGACCUCAGAUCAGCAAUGUCCACGAGCUCGAUAUGGUCACAGGCAAGGGCGAGCUGAUAACAUGCUCAGAGGAGCAGAACUCAGAGCUGUUCCAUGGAGUUCUCGGUGGUCAGGGACAGUUUGGGAUCAUCAUCAGAGCCCGGAUUGCACUGGAGACAGCUCCUCACGGGGUGAGAUGGAUCCGAGUACUGUACUCCGACUUCGCGGCCUUCACCAGAGACCAGGAGCUCCUCGUCUCGCUCCACAGCGUCCACCGGAGCGAAAGGUUCGACUACAUCCAAGGCUUCGUCAUCAUUGAUGAAGGCCUCAUCAACAACUGGAGGUCGUCCUUCUUCUCCCCCAAGAACCCUGUUAAGAUCUUCUAA